ACCAGCUGAUCUAUCUCAUCUGCAGGCAGCCAUUGGCAUUUUGGGCUUCAGCUCUGAUGAGAGAAUGGGGAUUUACAAGCUGACAGGGGCAAUCCUGCACUACGGAAACAUAAAGUUCAAGCAGAAACCACGUGAGGAGCAAGCAGAGCCAGAUGGCACAGAAGAGGCUGACAAAGCAGCAUAUCUGAUGGGCCUGAACUCAGCAGACUUGCUGAAAGCUUUGUGCUAUCCCCGGGUGAAAGUGGGAAAUGAAUAUGUCUUGAAGGGCCAAACAGUGGAUCAGGUGCACCAGGCAGUGAGUGCCAUUGCCAAGUCAGUCUAUGAGAAACUCUUCCUGUGGAUGGUGAUGCGCAUCAACAAACAGCUGGACACAAAGCUGCCAAGGCAGCACUUUAUUGGGGUCUUAGACAUCGCUGGAUUUGAGAUCUUUGAGGUUUGAUUUUAUACAGCACUCUCAGACUUCUGGCUGUCUUUAAAUUCUUUUUCAUUUUGUUUGACUUCUAUGACCUCUCCUCCUCCUCACCCCAGUGCAACCCUCAAGAACAGGGCAAAUCUCUCUGAAGCUGCUUCUGCCUUUGUAGAUCCAUCACCUACUUUAUAAGAGAAGAGACAUGGCAGAAGCAUAGCAAUGAAUCUGCUGUCCCCCUCCCCA